AUGUACACAAGGCUAAAAAGAGUAAUGGAAAGCUGAUCAUGAAUGCUACAGAAAUGAUAAAACAGCUGUCGAGUGCUAGAGAGCUUCCCUGUUACGUUGUAGCUACUGAAGAGAAUUCUGAUGAACGAGACUUUGAUGUUAAAUUUGACCAACUUGUUAGUACUCUCAUGACUCAUGGAAGAAUAGAAUGCAGAACUACUCCACGUUACGAGUUGAAGUCGUCAAGCGAGUUGCCAGGUGAUUGGUUACCGCCACCAUUGUUGUUACAGCAGUUAGAAGACAAUGAGGAUAUAAGAAGUUUGGCAGAUUCAGAGAAAGCAGAGACUGAAUCCAUUCGUUCUGAUAGUACUACAUUAAGUAGCAAGUCUCGCAGUACAACUAAAACAUCACCGAUCUCAAAAAUUGCAAAAAAGCUUGUCAGAAACUCUCAAUGUUCUCCACCUCGCUGUGAGUUGGUUAAAGUAACUCAUAUCAAAACACCAUGCCAUUUCAUGAUACAACGAUGCUCAGACGCUGACAGAUACGAAAAUAUUAGACGAGUCAUUAACAAGUACUGUAAUGAAUCAAGAUGUGAAGCGGUGGAUGACGUGGAAGUAGGAGACAUAUAUUGUUGUAAGUAUGCAUUUGAUAAAGUGUGGUAUCGAUGUAGAAUUAAGUCAUUGAUAACAAUUGAUAGUGAUGAUGAUGACGACGAUGACAUUAUUGAAUACGAACAAGCUGAAAUUAUAUAUAUAGAUUAUGGUAACACAGAAAUUGUUCCAAUAUCCAGGCUGAAAAAACUUAAAAGCAAGUUCAUGUUGGUUCCAGAAUUGGCUGUGCGCUGUUCCCUAGUAGAUAUUGUACCUACAGACCAGACUGAAAAGUGGCCAGUUGGUGCCAUUCAUGCGUUUGCUUCUAUGGUGGGCAAGAAACCUGUUCUCAUGACUGUUUUGGAUCAUUCUGGAGGUGUAUUAUACAUAGAUUUACAGAAGCCGCCAAGUGAUGAUAUAGACAAUGACACACCUGUGUCUGUACGAGAUGCUUUGGUAUUCCUGGAAUUGGCCCAGUUUGAAACUCCUGCGUCCAGACCAUUGCCUGGUGUUCCCAUGGUAACUCCACCACGUAAAUUUGUGCUACCAUGCUUACCAAAGAAAGGAGAUUAUGUAGAUAUCGUUGUUUCUCAUAUAACUAAUCCUUCAGAUCUGUGUAUCCAGAAGCUUGGAGGCGAAUUACCUUACCUGAGCAGUUUGAUGCGAGAGAUGCGUGAUACAUUUAAGACAGAAAGAGGUGAUGUCUGGCAGAUAUACUGUCCCCAGCUCAAUAUGAUUUGUGCUGCUAAGUAUGGCUUGGAUGAUAAUUGGUAUAGAGCUCAAGUUAUAGAUAUUAUAGAUGAUAUUCCAUCAGUAGUGUUGUAUGAUACCACUGGUAAAGCCGAUGUCUGUAUCAAUGCAUUGUUAGUCAGUGAAGGCAUUGCUAAAAGUACUGGACCAAAUUCAGCCAGUGAUAAAGCCGUUAUUCAGCCUGUAGAAGAGAAGGAAAAAGCACCUUCCAUGCCAGUGGGUCCAAUAGCUACUGCCGAGAAGCAUCCAGCUAAAUACAAACCUAAGUGUAAGCCAGCAAAUAAUGUUGCUUACACUGAAGUAUUGGUCAGUCAUAUUGAAUCACCAGCAUGUAUAUUUGCACAGCUCGCCACAGCAGAGGAGGAUGGACUCAGUAUGUUAAUGAAGUCCAUCACAAGUUAUUACAAUGCUUUGGAAGAAAUUGAAGAAAAAGAGUGGGAGGAAGGAGACAUGUGCGCUGCACUGUUUGUACAUGGAGAAGUAUGGUGUCGAUCUAGGAUUAUAUCAUUGCUACCUGGAAACCUGUGUGUGGUUCUCUACAUUGACUAUGGUAAUUCUGAAGUUAUAACUCUUGACAGUUUACGCGUAUUAAAACCAGAGUUCAUGAUUCCUCCCCCAUAUGCAAUAUGUUGUCAUUUAUCUGGGAUACAGCCAGCUGGUGGAAAAAAUUGGACAAGAACCGCUUGUGAAUUUUUAGUAACACUCAUUUGUGGUGUUCAAUGUUUCCUGAUUCAAAAGGCAGAAUAUGGUGAUGAAGGAGUAGCCACCACUGUACCAAUUGAUUUGCUUUAUGAGUCCCCCACUACUAUAGUCACAAGUGAUACAGACAAAGCACCAGAGCCAGUAUUAGAAAGUGCUGUGCAGACUAUGAUAUUGCAAGGACUCGCUUUGCCCUGUCGACCGCAGACAAAAUCCAUCUCUCCAGUGAAGGAACAGGAAAUAACACUAAAGAUAUCGCCGAUGAUUGAACCUGAUGAGGGUUCGGAAGAGUUGAGUCAGUGGUGA